CCGCUCUUGCCCUCCAUCUGCUCCGUCGCGAACCCGUCAUGAACCUGGUCCUGGCAUCUCUGAUCGUCUACGCUGCUCUGGCGCAAGCUUCGCCGCACCCUCCUUCGAUGGAUGCGAACGGCGGCUCGUCGGUGCAUUUGCCUAUGAUCCGACGAAAUAUCCAGUGGACGCCUGAACGAGUGGGGGCGUAUGCUGACCAUGCGAGGGCGAAGUAUGGUUACCCAACGGUGGCCAGCAGGCCUCGACUAGCGCGGAAUACGGCAGGCGUGGCGAUCAUGAACGAGGGGUUCGAUGCAAGUUACGUUGCGCAAGCGACCGUUGGAACGCCGGGGAAGCAGUUCCUGGUCGUGUUAGACACAGGAUCCUCGGACUUCUGGCUGCCGGCCUCGAGCUGCCAAGGAUGUCAGACGUCUGCCCCGACGUUCGACUCGAGUGCGAGCAGCAGCUUCAGCACUCCGUCGGGCUCGAUCUCGAAGGGCGAGAUCACGAUUCCGUACGGGUCUGGUCAAGUGAGCGGUACCCUCGGUACCGACUCCGUCGAGCUCGCCGGCUUCACCGUCACGGACCAGACGUUCCUCGUCGCCGAUCAGAUCAGUCAGGAUUUCUUCUCUGGAGAGGCUGACGUGAGCGGGAUCAUGGGACUUGCGUUCGAGAGCAUAUCGUCGACGAAGGCCACACCGUGGUGGCAGACACUUGUGAACAACGAUCUGCUCGACCAGCCGAUGAUGUCGUUCUGGCUCGCGCGUGCAUCGCGGACGUCGAGCGACCAGGAGCAGCCUGGUGGGGUGUUUACCCUCGGAACUGCGAACACGAGUCUGUUCUCCGGCGACAUCGAGUAUAUCAAUCAACCCUCUGGACUGAGUGCAUCGUGGUGGCUCUUGGAAAUGAGUAAGCUUACGGUCCUCGGUCAGACUGUGCAGAUAUCCACAGGAGACAGCGCGAUCGCAGCUAUCGACACCGGCACGACUCUUAUAGGCGGUCCCUCUCAAGAUGUCACGAACUUUUGGAGUACCGUCCCCGGCUCGCAAUCAUUGGGAGGCUCCAAUCAGGGCUUCUGGUCAUAUCCUUGUAGCACGAAGCUGAACGCAACGCUCAACUUUGGCGGGCGCGAUUGGCCGAUCAGCGAGGAGGACAUGCAGUUUCAGCAGCUCGACCAGAAGGGGGAGACGUGCCAAGGCGCGCUGUUCGAUAUCUCGGCCGGCUCGAACCUGCCAAGUGGGAGCGGCAAUCCUGCAUGGAUUGUUGGCGAUACGUUCCUGAAGAACGUGUACACCGUGUUCAGGGCCUCGAACCCACCGGCCGUGGGUUUUGCGGAGUUGUCCACCACGGCGGGUGGAAGCGGUAUUGCACCAGGCUCGGCUCCUGCCGAGAUACAGUCGGCGGGGUUCAGGUCGGCACGUUUGUCGACAGGCGCGUUGGCUUCCGCUUUGUUCGUGCUCGUGAUCAGAAUGUUUUCUUUGUUAUGAGAAAUCGAGCUCCUUGGACGAUGAUUGAUAGGUACUGCUAAUGGCCCUUUGCACACUGUAUAUUGAUUUGAAGCAACUCAUUAACUUUGUAUAAUGGACUGUAAUGUUUUAUAGUGAUACGAUAUGGUACAUUCAGCUCCCCCCGAG